ACCCACUUCAUUUCUCACACCAUGACCAAAAAGUCCAAAACCCUCCCACUACUCGAUUCUACUUCCCUCAUUUCCCUCACCAUUUGCUUCUUCACAAUCCAUGCCACCGCAAAAUCCUCAAUCUUCUCAGAAAACACAUCUCCAUUGACACUUGGGAUCAAGCAAGAGAAGCUAAGCCACCUCCACUUCUACUUCCACGAUAUCGCCAGCGGUCCCAACCCAACUUCCAUCUGGGUUGCCCGAGCACCCACGUCUAGCAAAUCUCCGACGCUGUUUGGCUCUGUAGCUAUGAUCGAUGAUGCGUUAACUAUCGGCCCCAAAAGGAGCUCCAAAGUUGUGGGAAGGGCACAAGGGUUUUAUGCAUCUGCCUCACAAAGUGAAAAUGCUUUGAUGGUGACCAUGAACUUGGCUUUCACCGAAGGGAAGUUUAAUGGCAGCAGUCUUACUGUUGUGGGACGAAACCCUGUGGUUGAAGCUGUAAGAGAGAUGCCUAUAAUCGGUGGAAGUGGAGUUUUUCGGUUUUCUAGGGGAUAUGUUCAGGUCAAGACUCUCAGGUUCAAUGCAACAACCGGAGAUGCUGUUGUUGAAUAUAAUGUGUUUGUGUUCCAUUAUUGAUCAACUUGUUCUUGCCGCUUAA